AUGGUGAGAGGUGCACUAAGACUUCUGAAUAAUGCUGGGUCAUCAGCAGGCCUACCUCUACUUCCAUCUGCAACAGUAUCUGGUUCUGAUCCUCCUGUAUCAGUUAAAGAUGUGCUGAUAAGUAAGCAUCCUGCUCCCUCUCCCUUCUCUCCUUCUCACUGCUUACUCAAAGAUACUCCAGCCUCAGACCACGAGCCCCUUGGUUUUGAAUUCAGUCAGAUUGAUGGGGGUCUGAUAAAGAACUGCUUUUUGAAGAUGAACAUGGGAGCUGCUGGUCCGUCUGGAAUGGAUGUUGCUCACUGGAGGAAGGUCUGCUCUUCCUUUGCAAAGGAAUCAGCUGACCUGUGUGAUGCAAUUGCAUGUGUUACUCGUAAGAUUUGUUCUAGUUAUGUUGAUCCGGUUGGAAUUUCUGCUUUGGUUGCUUGCCGUUUGAUUGCAUUGGAUAAAGACCCGGGUGUCAGGCCCAUUGGGAUUGGUGAGGUAGUUAGAAGGGUGAUGAGCAAGGCAAUUCUGGGUAUUUUGAAAUCUGAGAUUCUUGAAGUUGCUGGAAGCAGGCAGAUGUGUGCUGGGCAGGAAUCUCCUUGUGAGUCUAUUGUUCAUUCUUUAAGAUCUUUAUUCGAUUCUGGCUCAGUGGAUGGUUUAUUAAUAGUUGAUGCUUCAAAUGCUUUUAAUGCUCUCAAUAGAAGCCUGGCCCUCAGAAAUAUACUAUUUUUAUGUCCCUCACUAGGUCGUGUCUUGAUUAACACCUAUCGUGAUGAUGUGUCUCUCUUUGUUGGUGAGGAAACUAUCCCAUCCAGAGAGGGAACUACUCAAGGUGACCCCUUGGCAAUGGCCAUGUUUGCUCUUGCUACAGUGCCCCUUAUUAAAAGUCUUGAAGAGGUGUCUGAGGUCACACAGUUAUGGUAUGCAGAUGAUGCUUCUGCUGCUGGUUCUUUAUCUAAUCUUAAGACAUGGUGGGAAAAGUUAUCUCAGCUUGGUAAGGAGUUUGGCUACUUCCCUAAUGCAGGCAAGACUUCACUUUUAGUUAGUAAUGAGAAUUAUAAACGUGCAUGUGCUUUGUUUCAAGAUACUGGUGUUAAAGUGGUGACUGAUGGUGUGACUGUUUUAGGUUCCCCCAUAGGCUCUCCUGCUUUUGUUAAAGAGCACAUUAAUGCUAAGGCAGCAUACUGUGGUCUCUCUCAUGGUCUGUAUGGUCACUGGACUUAUUUUUGUAGAUCUGUUUUAGUUUCUGAUGAUGUUGUUGAUAGUCUUGAGGAGUGUAUAAGGAAUGUGCUGAUACCCGCCAUCACAGGUAAGGACGCAGUUAAUGAUACUGAGAGGCAGUGGCUUUCUCUACCCACAAGAUUUGGUGGUAUGGGUAUAAUUAACCCCAAGACUCAUAGCUCUCAACAGUAUCACGACUCUUUGGCUGUCACUGAUCCUAUGGUACAAGUGUUGUUACAGGGGGAUGGUCAGUUACCAGUUGAUACCCUAAUAGAAACAGUAAAGGUCAAGAAACAACUGUUAAAAAAGAAAGAGGAGAGUCACAAAGUUAUGUGUGAGUUAGUUAAGUCAGAGUUACCUAAUGAGCAUGUGAGACUUUUUGAGAUUGGCAAUGAAAAGGGUGCCUCAGUUUGGUUAACUGCCCUCCCUUUAAGAGAGCAUGGGUUUGAUUUACAUAAGGGAGCCUUUCGGGAUGCAGUUUGUAUUCGAUAUGGGUGGCGUCCCCCUGAUCUUCCCUCUUCUUGUGUGUGUGGACAUGCCUUUUCUGUUGAUCAUGCUCUUUCUUGUACUUAUGGUGGAUUUCAUACAUUGAGACACAAUAAUGUGCGUGAUCUGUUGGUCUCACUACUCAAGGAUGUGUGUCCUAAUGUUUGUCGCGAACCAUCCUUACAACCCUUGUCUGGAGAGCGUCUGUUUCAUAGAUCUGCCUGUACAGAGGAUGGUGCUCGUUUAGAUAUUGCUGUGGAGGAAUUUUGGGGGUAUCAAGGCAGGAGGUCCUUUUUUGAUGUUAGGGUAUUUAACCCUCUCACUCCCACAUACAGGGGACAGUCCUUGGCUAGUUGCUACAAAAGGAAUGAGGAGGAUAAGAAGAGGAAGUACGAUGAAAGGGUGAGGGAAGUGGAGCAUGGUUGCUUUGCUCCCCUGGUCUUCUCAGCUGCAGUUAAGAUUAACUUGAACAAUAAGGAAAUGUCUGAAAGGACAAGGGUAAGUUCCAUGAUGUAA